UUUUCAAGAAUGUAGCCCUAGUAAAUAUCUAGAUUUAUACAAUCUAGAUUUAGAUCUAGACCUUAUAACUACGAUAAUAGAGCACACAAUGUAUAAAAUAAAAAAGGCUAUCUAUAGAAACAUAUUGCAUAGGUCUAUUUCAAUCUCCAUUUUUAACCAGUUUAAUAAAAUUAAAAUAUUAUUUCAUGUAAACACCUUCAUUUCUACUUCCUGUAUCUAUAACAACCAAUAAACAUUCUGUAAAAAAAAAUAAUAAUAUUGAGUUCCUUUAAGAAAAACAUAAACAACAGAACUCAGAGGAACUCUCCCACUCAACAUGGCCAAGAAAAAGAAGAAGGGAUCUAGCAAAAAGUCCAUGAGUGAUGAGGAGAGAAUAGCCUAUGAAGAGCAGAAGAGAUUUGCUGAAGAGGAAAUGAAAAAGAAAAAAGAAGAUGUCUUGACACAGUAUUUAAAGGACAAACUCGCUAAGGAGGAGAAAGCUACCAACUAUAACUUGCACAAACUGAACCAUCAGUGGCGUACAAUCAUGAGAGAAGCAAAGUCUAAAGAGCUCAAGAAAGACAUUGAAAUUAUGAGCCAGACCUUUGAGCGAGUCAUCGAUAGGAAGGACGCUGUCAUCAAGUCUCUCAUGGUGGACAUAGCCGAGGCUGAGGAGCAGUACGCCAUGGCUUUGCGAAGUCACAUACAGAAUUCAGAUAAUCUUUUGGAGUUACAAAAAACCAGACUGGACACUUUAAUCAGAGAGUACUACUACGAGCUUGAAAUUAUCUGUGAAGAGUUUGAUCUGGAGAGGAAAAUGUUGGAGGAACAGCACAAUAUGGAGAUGAACGACAUAGCGGACAUUUUGUUUGCUAUGGAUCAGAACUACCAGGAGAGAGAGAAUGAAGCCAUGGCGGAGUUUCAGUCACUAAGGGAUGAGAUUAAAAAUAAGAACCUUGAGGAAAAGCAUGCUCUGAGAAUAAACCUAGAGUCCAAAGUGGAGGAGCUGUGGAUCCAGUUUAAGCAGGCUCUGCAGAACUACAAUGACACCAACGAGGAGAGGAAAGUCACUUUUGAAAACUUGAAGAUUAAAGAUGAGAAAAGUGCCAAAGAGAUUGAGAUGCAAAUGAAGAGGCUCCAGAAUAUAUCAGAGAAUAUUGCCUCUUUGAGAGCCAAACUUUCUGCCAACGCCAAAGAGAGUGAGGAGAAAAACAAACUCUUAAGAGAGCUGGAAGAUGAAGAGGAUGUGUUCACAAAAGAGGAAAGAGAAAAAAUGCUGCGUCACUUCCAUGAACUUAAAGCGCAGAUGAAUAAAGUUCGGGAGAUUGAGCGUGACAAGCUGACUAAGAUAACGCUGGAAAGCAAUGCAGCCAUCAAGGAAAUCAAAAGACAGAAGGAGAAGGGGGAGUUGAUUCUGAGGCUAUCAGAAAUGUGUAGAAAGCUUGAGACAGAAGAAGAAAAAGUUCUUCCCUUUUAUGCUUCAUCCCUGACUAAAGAAGAAGAAGAAGAUGUAAAUGCUGCAGUCCUGGAACCUCCGUCAGAACCAAUGGCUAAGGCCAUGCAUGAGUAUGCAUCUCUUGAAAACUUCUGGAAAAGAUACAACAAAGUGCUCCUGGACAAACUUGCCUUGGAGAAGGAGAAACAGAGCCUCGGCUUAGAGAACCAGCAGCUGAGGAUGCUCCUCAAACAAUAUUUGGAUGGUAUCUCAGUUAACGAUGAAAUCUUGAGCCAAGUCAACCCACUGUUUGUAGUCAACAAUAAGAGCAACCUUAAACUGCAUGUACCAGUGACAGACCCUAGAGUCAGACGGCCAGCCCCGGCUACUGUUAUUGAAGCUGCCCAUGCAGUCAAGCACAUAAUGUUUUAGUUUGGUCGAUGAUCAAAGACCACUACUAAUGAAUGUACAAGCUACUCUCGACUGGACAAUGAUUGAACUAAACUAUGUCCUCUCCAACGUUUGUUAUCUCCAAGUGACAACUUGAAAUGACUUUUAAAACAAUUUGAGAAUGUGAUCAUUUAAAUAUUAUAAGAAAUAGUUUUGUUUUAAUGCUGAGUUGGAAUUUCUUAAAGCAUUCAAGAACCAAGGUGUGAACUCUUCAAUGUUGAAACAAGUCAAUCAACAAUGUAUUCAGUAUUUGUAAGGUGGUAGCAGGAAAUAAAGACAGUGCUCAUCAA